ACACGAACAACAACAACAACGAUAGCACCAGCAUCACCACGACCACUACCAGCACAAAGAUCAAUCUGCCAAUGCUGCUCGUCACGUGCCGGGCACUACGACGACUGACGCUGACACAUAUCGAACUCUCUGACGAAACAUUGUGCGGACCGAUCCAGUCACCCAUUGAACGAUUGGAGCUCCAUCAAGUAACGCUGACAUCGGAGAAUAUCAACAAUGUUCUCAAAUACUGCAUGCAUCUGACAAGUUUUACCGCGAGAAAAUGCUAUUGGCGAAUCACCUCCAUGAAAGCAGUGAUCGGCGUUCAACUGCAGCUUCCACCACGCCAUUUUCAUUCGGUUCAGAUGGACGACCAACGCAUUAUUUGGAUGAUCUCGACAUAUACAAUCACAUGGGAGCCAAUCCAAGAAUACGGCUUGUUUGCUGCUCAACAUCAGCAUCAUGUCAACAAUAGUACGGUGGGUCAUCGCCGAUGGUUACGCAUCAUGACCAGCUUGGAGCAAGAGACAAAGCUUGUUAAACGACAACCGCAACCUGUCACAAUAAGCAAACUUGUCGAAUUGCCACCUGGUAGUAUGGAGCCAUUACUACAGACAUCGUACGAUGACGUCUUGAGGAUGCACACAGCUACGAACGACUCUUCCACUACCACUACUGCUGCUGCUGCUAUUAAUGAUCAUAGCAGCUGUAUAGCCAAGCGAGGUGGAUUUAUGAUGAUAUCAUUUACGAAUAUCAAACAUAUCGCCCUCAAUGGCCUCGCUGUACAAAGUUAACGACAACUUUCCUCCAAUUCCCCUUUUACAUUAACUCCUCCAUCAGUUACAUAGCAUGCUGCUGUUGAUUUUGCUGCAUCUUGGUUAAUUUGUCGCACAGAAACAGGU